GCUGCCUACUGUAUUUAAGGGCCCUGCGGAGGCGCUGCGCCGCUCAGCUGGAUGGUCGACGGGCUCGCUCCCCCCCCGGAAAACCCAAGAAAAGAGUCCGAGAGCGAGCGAGCAAGGCGGCGGGGUUGCCGGAGCGCGCCGCAGGAGAAGAGACGGGACCGCCCCAGCUGCACCAGCCCCGCCAAGCAAGCCGCGAGACCCGGCCGGAGCCCGCCCGCGAAGCGCCGCCAGCCGCGAUGAGCUCCAUCUUGGACGUCAGCACCAUCUACCAGAACCUGCGCAAUCUCUCGCUGAGCGAGGAGCAGGACAUGCCACGCCCCUGCCUCUCCCGCCGCGAGUCGGCCUGCUCCUCAGAGACCCCCUACAGCAGCAGCGGAGAGACCUCUCAGGUGUGGCCCCUGCGCAGCCACUGGAGCCCCAGCACUGAGCAGCUGCGCCCUGUGGGGGAGGCGGCCCGGCGGCCCCCCUUGCGGCCAGACCGCUCCGUCAGCCUCAUUGAGGGCAAAGCCAUCCCGCCCCCACCCCCGGGCUUCCCGCCCCUCAAGCUACCCCCUCUGGCACCAGCCCUCUCCUCCCGCUACAAGACGGAGCUUUGCCGCACCUUCAGCGAGACGGGCAAAUGCAAGUACGGUGCCAAGUGCCAGUUUGCCCACGGCACCACCGAGCUGCGCACAGUCAGCCGCCACCCCAAGUACAAGACGGAGCUAUGCCACAAGUUCUACAUCCACGGAGAAUGCCCCUAUGGCUCCCGGUGCCACUUCGUCCACUAUCCUGAGGAGGCCCAGGCCCACUCCUCCUCCUCGUCCCCCCAGCUGUUGCGCCAGAGCGUCAGCUACUCCGGGGUGCCGGCUGGGCGCCGGUCCUCCCCUCUGCCUGGCAUCCCCGACCCCGCCUCCUUCACCCGGGCACCGUCUGUCUCCCCGCCACCUCAGCCCAUCGACCUCCUCUCGCCGACCUUCGGCCACCUGAACUCGGACCCCAUCUCCCGCUUUUCCACCCUGGGCGAGCCCCUCUCGACCCCUGCUUCCGGAGGGUGCUGUGCAUGCCGUUGCGGCAACCCUGGCGGCUUCUCCAACCCGUUCCAGACCCAUCGAGACAGCUUCUCUGCUGCCCCUGGAAUGCCGGCCUCCAUGGGCGCCAACCUGCCCAGGACCCCGUCCUCCAACUCUCUCUCUGACCCCGACUCCUACAGCAGCUCCAGCAGCCUGAGUGGCUCCGACUCCCCCGUCUUCGAUUUCCACACCCCUGGUGGGCUGGUGGGGAACACCCACAGGCUGCCCAUCUUCAACCGACUUUCCGUCUCAGAGUGAGCUGCCGGGACUUGGAACAGGCGUCCUUAGAGAAAAAUGGCUCCGGGUUGCAAUGUGGGGAGUGAUUUGUCAAUACUCAUGUGUAUGUAUGAACUUACCAUUUGGGGGGAAAGGGUGCUGUUAAAUCCACCCUCUGGACUGACUCCUCAGAGCAGUUGCUGCUGCAAAUCUUUAAGCAGACGCCGGAGGUCACCUCCUGAUGUGUCGCCGAGUCCUUUGCAGAUGCAAGAGAGGAAGCGGAGGCUGGGGCGCUUCUUUCCGUCUCCCCUCCCUUAAAGCAUCCGAGUGUGCCUGGAAAACCGUGUUGCGGAUUGCCUUUUGAAAGGGGAGGAAAAACCCAAUCCAAAUGGGUUCUGAUUUGUUGUGUGUCCCCAAAACUUAGUGCCUUAAGCAGGUUUGAAGGCAGAAAGAGCCUGGCUUACGUUGAACAGCAGUCCUUAGCAAUGUGACAGGCUGGGGACUAAAUUGGGCCUCUACGUUGCGGCAGUCCUCCCCCCCUUCCUCGCCUGUUUGUUGGUCUCCUACACCCUGCUAUUUAUACUCCCCAACGCUCUUUUUUCAGGGUGACUCCUCCUCUUCCUCCUCCCCCUCUCCCCACCCCCGCGAUAGCAAUCACAAAGCAGGGAGAAGCCUUGGGGUGUCUGUCCGUAUCUCCCGCAGCAGCCUUUCCCAACUGUUGGGCCCUCGUUUCUUUCUGGACCGCAGUCGCCAUCUUUCUUGACCUAUUAUGAUAAGGAGGGGGCUGACUAGGUCCCCCACCUGCUGCAUUCCUUUGUCCCUCCCCAAUCUACUAAAGUCUCUAGCUGUGCUGGGGGGCGGGAGGGACCUGGGACACUGGAAAAGGUGGUGCUGUGUUGGUAUUCAGUGCCUGAACGCCCCGCUUUCCCAGGUGCCCCCGCAGGAGGGAAAUUGAGCAGUGCCGCUUCCUCCCCUGCGUAUGUAGCAGAUUUUAUUUUUCCUGUCCUGUUUGGGAGGGGGGAACAGAUUACACGGUGGUGGUAAAAUCUGGUGAGGGGGAAUGAGCCAAGAGAUUCAGUCUUGGUGAUGGUUUUUUUAAAAAACCAUUUUUAUAUUUAAAAAAACCUUGUUGCUUCUAACAUACUGUGAAUACCAUUCCUCCCUUCUUUCAGUCCCCUCCCCCACAAAUAACAAGGGACUGAGAAGCUGGGAUAAAAACAAAAAUAAAAUCAAAUGGCAUAGCCAUGAGGAGGUAUAGGAAGUCAGAAUGCACCUAAGAUUCCAAAGCAGAUAUUCUCUGCCUUUUGGUGGUGGUGUUGUUUUUAAAAAAGGAUGUAGCUCUCCUGAAUGAAUCAUCUUUCAAAUCCUUGAUCAAGAAACUCAGCCUGUAGCCCGUGCAGUAAAAUCCCUCCCCUGUUGCUCUGUAAAAUCAGCCCAAGUUGUCUGAUAUAAGUUCGACAGCUGCGUGCCUUGCUUGUACUUGUUUUUGCACUGAUCAGCAUCAGCAACAAAAGAUGGAGAUCAGCAGAGACUAGAAAAGGGAUGGGUGAGCGGGGGGGGGGUGUCUUUAUUUUUUAAAUCAAUGUUGAUGCUAAGCACCUGCAUAUAACUAUUGUGGGGAACAUGUUUGUGUGUGUAUGUUUUUUAAAAGAAACCCUCAAUGUUUACCUUGUAAUAAUGCGAUAAGUGAAACCAAAAUGUAAACUAUUUAUAGACUCUUAUUUAUUCAAACAGAAUUUUAUAUUGUAUUUAUCUUUUUUGUAAUAUUCCAAAAAUAAUAUAUAUAUAUUUUCGUGUUUGAAAUAUGAAAAAGACAUUGUGCUAAAAUUUAAAUUGUUAAAAAAAGUUUGCUAUUUUAUUUGCUAGGAAAAAAGUUUGCUAUUUCUUUUCUGAAUCUCAGAAUUUCAGAUAAAAAGGCAACAAACU